GUCGUCGGGAAAACCGGGCAGUGCGCGCGAUAAAAUUCACGGCGCGUUCCCUCGUCGUCCGAGCUCGUCGCCGUCGUCCGUGCUCGACAACCGUCGCGCGCAACGUUCCCCAUUUCGUACAGAGGUGUUCGCCGACGGCCGUCUUCCGCGAGUCUCUUAUCGCAUAGUAAGGCGUCGUCGUUGGGUUUCACGCGUUUUGCCACGGAUUUCGGCCCCGACGAGGCGUCACGGUUUUCGAGUGCCGACGUCGUUUUUUUUUUUUUGGAUCUGUUGUUAUUGGUUGUUUUUUUUUUUCAUUGCCAACCUGCGAGACCCGAUGUCGUUGGGCCGAGUUCAGUACACCGCAAAUGCCACGGCACAAAAUUAUCAACCAAUCACUUACAGAACAUGCUGAAAAUACACAAGGGAUUGAAAAAAAAGAAGAAAAAUAAGAAAAAUAAACAUAAAGAAGAAGAACUUUUCAACGAAGAAGAACUUGAAAAAUAUCGUCGAGAACAUCAGGAGGGAAAAGUAGCCGAAAGUGAAAAAGACGGCCAAGAAGAGUGGCAGAAAUUUAAAGCAAUCACUGCUGGAAUUGAUGAUGUCUUAAAAAAAACACAAGGAGAUCUUGAUCGUAUCAAGACAAACAGUUUCUUUCAAAGGAAACCUACACAGACUGAACUCAAAGCCGUCGAAGAUAAGCUUGAAGCGGAAAGAAGAGAAAGAGUAAAAGAAGAAGCCCGCCUAAAAGCUGAAGCAGAGGCUCUAACUGCCGCUAAAGCAGUAGAGGAAGCAGCGGCUUGUGCACCAGUUGAAGAAGAAUCAUCAUCAGAAGAAUCAGACAAUGGUGAUGAUAUAUUUGACACUUCUUAUGUCGAUGUUAUAACAAGUGGAGAAGUAAAACUUGCGUACAUUCCAGAAAGUCCAACUGAAGAAAACCCAGAGUUUGAUCCAUUUGAUACAUCUAUAGUAGACAAAGUUAUCCAACCUAAUCCAUCUAAGAAGAACAAAAGAUAUAUAAGUCUUGGGUGUGCGGUUGAAGUUCUUUCCGGAAAGGAAGUUGAUAUAAAUCCUGAGGUAUUCAGGUCAACUGCUGUACGAAAAAGACCUAAACCUGUAAAUUUACUAUUGGAGAGUUUUGACGAAAGCAGUUCAAUCGCAAAACUUGCAGAUGACAAGCCAUUAAAAACUUUGCUUGACGACGAUCCAGAUUUACCUACCGACGCAUUACCGUUAACAAUAGUUACUCCUAUUGAGAUAAAACCACAAUCAAUUAAAAAAGAAAAUACUAAAACUCCCGAACAAGAUAUCAGUCAAAUUAUCAACGAGUUUGAUUCACCGCUUAUUUUAUCUGAAAAUACAAAUACACAAUUAGACCUUGAUGACGAUAUUGAUGAUGAAUUUUCUGCAUUAGCUGCUGAAUCAUUGUCAAAAUCGCCUUUACCCGAGGACAUAGAUCCCUUUGAUACGUCAUUCGCAGAUCAUCUUGUGCCUGCAAUAAACAAUCUCAACAUUGAAAGUGAACAAACGAACCAACAAUCUAACGAUAAGGUAGCGGAAAAAGAAUUUUUUGAAAUUGUAAGACCACUAAGCAUUGAACAUAGAGAUUUAUUGGGUGGGAGUACAACUGAUUUAUCAGUUAUUGGACAUAAUCCCAUUGAACCCCAUAAUCCGGCAUCUGAACCUACCCAUAUUGAUCCAUUUGAUACAUCUAUUGCUGAAAGCUUGUUACCCGGAAAAGGAGAAUUAAAAUUACUUGAAAAAGAACUAUUAGAAGAUACUAAAACUAUCAGUAAAAAAAUAAUUAUUGAAGAAGACGACGAUUUUGAUCCAAGAGCUGAGGAUAUUGUUCGACCAGCUGAACUUAAUCUAAAAGAAAAGAGAGUCAGUAUACCAAAGGUAACAUUUGCCUUAGAAAAGGAUUUGUUAACUGACGAUCAUCACGGUGAGCUGCAUGUAGCAAAGCCAUUGACUCCGUAUUACCCACAGGACCAAUCAAACGAAGACAAUUCUGAAAUCGAUCCAUUUGACACAUCAUAUGUGAAACACGCGCCGGGAAAAGUAGAAUUAAAAUUGUUAGAAAGCGAAUUAGUGGAAACUGAACCUAAAAGUACAGAUAUACUCACUGAAGAAGAAUUUAUACCUCAUAUUCUCCAUACACCUGUUGAACCAGAGAUUGCUGUUCCUGAAGAGAUUGAUCCUUUUGACACUUCAUUUGCAAACGACGCUGUGCCAAGUCAAACGGAAAUAAAAUUAUUAGAAUCUGAAUUUAUACAUAAAUACAUGGCAAACCCAUUCCUAAUUGAUGACUCAGCAUCUACACUGACCGAUAAUAAUAAUACUUUUAAUCCAUUCUUAACUAAUGCAUCGACAGAAUCAGAAUCUCAUAAUGAUAAUCCUUUCUUUUCAACAUUCGGUGCUUCAAGUGCCAUUCCAGACAAUACAAAUCCUUUUUUGGCCUUCACACAAAAUCCUGAACCGGCUCAAUCAGUGGGUGAUCUUUUGGGAAUUAAUGACACCUCCCAAACUACUGUAAUAGAUGAAGCAUCCAAAAUGAAACCUCCCCCACCAAGACCAGCUCCGCCAAAAAGACCACCACCAAGACCAACACCACCACCUCCACCUACGCACGAAGCUAAAGAACUAAUUCUCAGCGUAACAGGAGAGAUGGAUGCGACUUCAUCACAUUUAUUGGACAGAUUGGGAAAAACUCCUAGUCCUACUCCAAUGCGAGACCUAUUAACUCCUAGCCCCACGCCAACAGCGGAUCUAUUAGGGUGUGAUGACCUUCAACCUCCGAUAAACUCUCAAACGUCGAGUGUUUUCGAUCAACAAUCCAACAUUAUUGACCUUCCUUCAGGAUCAAAACCAGAAAGACCGAAAUUCCCUCCGAAAAUCGAUUUUCUCAUGGAUGAUUUAUUAGAAGAUGUUCCAAUCAAUGAAGAAAUACAGCCUGAAGAAUGUUUAAUAAAAAGUAGAACUCCGUCAAUCACAGAAAAUCCACCAUUACCUGUAGGAUCACAUCCAUCUUCAAGGAAAUCUUCAAAUGAUUUUAUUCUACCAGUCAGAAGAUUAUCGCAUGAUGUUACAGAAUCCAGAAAAAUAAUGCCUGAUUUAAGUAAAAUAGCAGAUCGUAGAAAGUCAGAUAUAGGUCAUUUCGCACCGAUAUUACCUUCAAGAAAACCAACCAGCCAAAGUGAUCAGUCACUAUUAGAAAGUAAAUCUGAAAACAUUAUCCAAGAAAUCAAUGAACCAGAAGAUAAAUCAUGUAAUGAAAUAAGUAAAAAUAUGCCUGAUUCUAAUUUAGUACCUACUGAAGAAAUUCCGGACCAAAAAUUAAAAGAAGAAAUUAUUCCUGUAAUAUCUAAAGAAAUGAACAGCCAGUGGGAUGAAGAAAAAAAUGGAUUAGAUUUUGAUUCUCAACAACAAAUAGAAUCUUCUAAUCAGAUCGAAAUUGAAACUUCAUCGAAUGAUACAAAAUUAACGCCAUCUGCAACAGACCUUUCACCAUUAGAAUUGACAGAAAAAGAAAAUUUAUCUUUUAAUGCAUUUUAUGUAAAUACAACUUUGCCAACAUCCGAAUCAUUUCCUUCGUUUACUGAUGGUGAUGGAGUGGGAGAGCACGCAGAUAUUGAUGCAUACGAUACAAAACCGAUACCACCAGUGCCUGACCCAUCGCCUUUCCAAGAAGUACCUACUGAAGAAACUUCAUUCAAUGCAGUAUUUGAAGCUUCUGAGCAAAUAACGACUACUCCGUUCGAAGUUCAAAAACCACAACAAGCAGAUGAUACAGAUCCGAUUGUAACUACAACUGUGCCUGAGCCAUUACCGGUAUUGACAGAAACUGAAAACCAUGAUGCAUUUGAUGCUUUUGCUGCAAAGUUUGACGACUCUCAAAAUGAUUGUAAUGCAUCUGGAGGGGCAUUCGAUGCAUUUGGAAGUGUUUCAGGAGGCGCUUUUGAUGAUUCAACAAUGGGUUUUGGAAACGAUGAUAACUUUGAUUCAUUUUUAUCAACACAUCAAAUCCCUGCUGCGCCACAAUCAACACCAGCUAAGGUUACGAGAAAUAAUUCUGGUGAAUCUUUGGACGAAAACGAUUUUAACGUUUUUAUAAGACCUAAAACAGAAUCUGACAACAUUGACCAAUCAGCCGUGCCUUCAAUAGCUCCUCCGCCGAAAAUACCAACAAGUCUAUUUCAAGAAGGAGCGCCUUCUAGAUUUAAUCCAUUUGAUCAAGAGCCCAAUGAAACGAAUUAUAAAAACCAAGUUACAUACUCUCCUCAAACUAUUCCUCAACGAACUGAUUCUCAAGAAACGCCUCCAAGUCCACUGUUUGAUGAAGAUGUCUCUCAACCCCUUGAAGAAUUUCCAAGAGUCAAUUACAACGGUGAUGGCUGGGCAAUGGAAUUAAGACAGCCAAACAAGAAAAAAAUCACUGCUCACAGAUUUUGGAAAAAAAUAUUUGUUAAAAUCACAUACCAGGGAGAAAAUCCUGUUCUACAAUUGUAUAACACUAAAGAUGAUAAAGAUCCUUUCCAAGAAUUACCAUUACAGCCUAGUUAUUCUGUAUCCGAUAUUGGUGCCCAACAAUACGAUCAAUAUGGUAAAAUAUUUACCGUUAAGCUGUUAUAUAUAUUCUAUAAAGAGAAAGCAGGAUUUAGACCAGGUCAAGUUACAAAAGCCGAAAGAUUAACUAACAAAUUGAGUCAAUUUGCAGCUUAUGCUAUUCAGGGUGAUUAUCAAGGUGUAAAAGAAUUCGGUAGUGAUUUGAAGAAAUUAGGAUUGCCCGUUGAACACGGAGCUCAAACAACGACAUUGUUAAAAUUGGGAAGUCAUAAUUUUGAAGACAUGAAACAGUUUAGUAUUUGUAUCGAGGAAGCCUUAUUUAAGCUUUCUGCUCAUCGUGAUAGAGCAUUGAAUUAUAAAGUAGAAGAUGUGCAAAUCACUGCUAUUGAUGAACUAUUUGUUGACCAAAAUUCACAAGGAUCAGUACUUAAACAAAUCGCACGAGUCCGUCUGUUCUUCUUAGCGUUCAUGUGUGGAAUGCCCGAUGUCGAGUUGGGUGUAAAUGAUUUAGUUCGACAAGGCAAAGAAGUGGUUGGCCGUCACGACAUCAUUCCGGUAGUUACUGAAGAAUGGAUUCGAUUGGAAGGGGUUGAGUUCCACAAUUGUGUUCAACAAGACGAAUACGAAAGAACAAGAACUAUAAAGUUUAAGCCUCCAGACGCUUGUUACAUCGAAUUAAUGAGAUUUAGAGUCAGGCCACCCAAAAACCGUGAACUUCCAUUACAACUAAAAACAACUAUGUGCAUAACGGGAAAUAAAGUGGAAUUAAAAGGAGAUGUUCUCGUGCCAGGAUUCACAAGCAGGAAAUUGGGACAAGUGCCUUGUGAAGACGUAGCCAUAAGGUUUCCCAUACCGGAAUGUUGGAUAUAUCUAUUCAGAGUAGAGAAGCACUUUAGAUAUGGAUCUGUAAAAUCUGCACACAGAAGGACGGGUAAAGUGAAAGGUAUCGAUCGAUUCCUCGGUACAAUGGACAAUCUCGAACCUCAUUUAAUCGAAGUGACAUCUGGUGAGGCCAAGUACGAACAUCACCACAGAGCUGUAGUAUGGAGAAUGCCGAGGUUGCCAAAAGAAGGACAAGGCGCGUACACUACACACAACCUCGUGUGCCGUAUGACAUUGACGUCGUACGACCAGGUCCCCGAGGAGCUGGAUAAAUAUUGUUAUGUCGAGUUCACGAUGCCGACCACUCAGGUGUCGCACACCACCGUUAGGUCGGUAUCGAUUGUAAACAGCGAGAAAGAUUCACCACCUGAAAAAUACCUGAGACUGAUGGCCAGACACGAGUACAGGGUGGAAAUCGAACACAUACACGGGCAGAUCGAAGAAAACCCAUACUUAGCAGCGACUGCAAUGCCCAGAGCCGCCCAACAUUCGUCAGAAGCUAAACUACCACCACCCCCUGCGUCUGACAGCGACUCUUCUUCUUAAAUGACAAACCAUUUAAAUAACGAAUGCUAUAGUGCUAUAUAGUGAUUAUUAUACCGUUAUAGCAUUUGUUGAAAUUCAAUUUUAGAUUGUGAUCUCUUCCUCUAAAGUUAAAUUAACUCAACAAUUGUUAAUAAUACAUACUUUAUACAAUGUACAUAAUAUAUUUAGUUUAGAUGAUUAAACGUAUUAUUGAAUAGGUACUUAAAUACGAUACUAUCACUAAAAGCACAUUCAAAUCCACGAGCAAUCCGAAUAAAUGACUACUCAUCACAUAAACUAUAUAUAUAUAUAUUUUCAUCAACUCAACGUCGAAAACCGAAAUUCAAUAACUGUGCCGUUUGUACAAAAAUGAAAAAUUAGACGCUUUUGCAAGUCAUUUUUUUAGUAGAUUUUUUUUUUCCAUUAGUUGGCUUUUACGGUAUCGAGUUUAUAAGAUGACAAUAAUACACGUCGAUAUCGUUUUGCGAUAUCUUCCUAAAAUACAUUUGUUACGCUCAUUUAAAACGCUUGAUGGGGUGUCUCAUUAUUUUUACUAGUGACUUUUUGUAUUAGCUGUAACGAAUACGUGUUUAUUUUUUUUUUUUAUCAUAUUCUGCCCGUGUCGUACAUGUGCCAUAAUAAUUAUAAUGUCAUAGGUUUUACGUAGGUAACAAUAAUACAAAAAAAAAAAUCUAUAAGUAUUUAUGUUUACGGAAAAUAUCCAUAUUGUAUAUUACUGUAUACUACGUACGUAAACAAUGAUAAUUAUUCAUUACCUAUACCUAUAGUGUAUUACCUAUUAUUACUGUUAUUAUUAUUAUUAUUAUUUUUUGUUUUUAACGGAGUAACGUUGUACUUAUUUGUUUUUCGGUCAUGUUAUUCCUGUGUAAAUAAUUUUAUUGAAUUUCCCGUAAAACUAUAAGCCACACUUACACGACUAUAAUAUUUAGCGACUACGAAUUAUAUGUUAAUAAUAUUAUACAUUCGUUGUACAUACAUGUCGUAGACUAGCAUAAACGACUUACUUGUCGACCGAUUGUUGUUGUCUAGAGAGAUUUGAAACAAAGUUAAAUAAUAAUUUAUUACCAUAAGAAUAAUAUUAUAACCCGUGAAUACUUACCUACUGUAAUUUUUAAAACAUAAUUAGGAAAAAAAACAAUGUUAUCCACUGCAACUACCGCGAGUCAACUGAUAUUAUGCAGACCACGCGUGACUAUAACACUAUAAUAAAUAUAAUAAAAUUAAGAACAAAACUAUUAAUUAAAUUGACUAUGAAAUAAAAUGUUUUUUUUCUUCUUCUGACAGUAGGACUAUUGUAUCGUCAUUAAACUUCGCCGACUCGAGUUACUGCAAUUUAAAUUCUGUGCAAAAAACGCCUUUUUACAACUUGUUAGGCUUUCAUCAUAACAUUUCGUACUGUAUAAUAUAUACAUUCCGGACGGUGUCAUUAUAUUAUUAUUAUGUUAUUACGUACUUAUUACAACGCAAUUUAGAAUAUUAUAUAUCUUUCGAUCAGCAAUAUUAACUAAUGUUAUUCGUAAUAAUAUUGUUGUACCAAAAUAUACAACGGUGUGUACCUAUAAACAAUACCGACUUUAUUUUUAAUUAUUAUAUAAUAUAAUGUCUUACUGUCUUGUAAAAUGUAUUGAUCGUUUUUUGUUGCAUAUCACGAAGGUAUCGAAAACUUUUGAACGUGUUAUUUGUUAUUUUUACUUUUUAAGACAUGAAAUAUAUAUUAUUGUAAUAACAUUUAACUAUUAAUAUUACAUUUAAAAAAAAUAUUAACUAUUUAUAUUGUUAUUAUAUAUAGCUUUGAUUGUUAUAGUUAAGAUUGAAAGGACAAUACACGGCCGUGCGCAUCUUCUCGUAUCUAUAAAUACUUAGAUACGCUAAACCGAGAGACAAGUACCCGUGUAUUUAUUUGGGUUACCAAAUUAUCGCAUAUAUAUUAGUUGGACCAUAUUCAUUAUCCAAUACCUACCGGUUAUAUUACGGUGUAGUGAAUUUUAAAUAGAUAACUUCUUAGAAAUGUAUCCCGAAUGCGGAAGAUAAUUCGACAUUCCGCGUUAAAGUCUAAUAAUUAUCAACAUAUUUCAUGUUAAAGUAUUUAUAUUUAUAUUAUUAUUAUUAUUAUUAUUAUUAUUAUACGUACAAGCAUAUGUAUCCUCAAAAAUGUAUUGUGAUAAAACAUUUUAGACGUUCCGUUAUUAGAGUAUAUUAUUAUUUGAUUGCGUUAUCAAUUUGUUAUUCUUGACGAGGUUAAGUGUAAUCGAUUGCUGAAAAAGUAAUUUACGCUUUCGAUUAAAAUAAUAAAAAAAUAUAUUGAAAUCUUUCCAAUAUUUAUCUAUUCCAUCGUGUUAUUUUGUUUGCGGCGUACCUACGUAUUUUAUUUAUGUUGUGUUUGAAUGUUUUUGUUUUUUUUUUUUUUUUAUUAGUGUUUAAAAAUGUUUGAAUGUUCGUUAUUAUUUUCCUAACUAUUAUUAUACCUAUCUAUAUAAUUAUUAUUAUUAUUAUUAUCAUCAUCGUCGUACGAAUCAUUUGAUUCCUAUCACAUGUAAUAAACAUUUUAUUGUAAAGUAUAUUUUUUAUUUAGUUCAGUAUGUUUGUUAUAAUAAUAAGUACACAUAACGAUACAUUAAUUAAGUGUUUAUAAUUAUAUUAUGUAUAAACGAGUAUACAAUAUAUUCAGUAUUCAGUGUAUAACUAUAUAAAACACAUUUAAGACUAUAAAUAUAAAAAUAAUUUUAAAACUAA